AUGAGGCCUGAUGUAUCACAUUUAUUUGCUGGCCCUGGUUGCGACCUUAGCAUUAGGAGUAUAUGGGAGGAUUUAUGCAUACAUGGUCUUAAGGUUCCUUGGCACAAGUUGGUCUGGUUUCCAGGGCGUAUCCCUAAACAUAGCACCAUUUUAUGGAUGACCAUCUUAGAUAGGCUCCCUACUCGGAUGAGACUUCUACGAAUGGGAUUGAACAUUGACAAUGACAAAUGCUUAUUCUAUGACACUGAGCAUGAGUCUUGUAACCACUUACUUUUUGGAUGUGGUUUUGCACAGGAAUUAUGGGGCAAUGUUCUGUCUCUAUGUGGGGUUAAACGCUGUGUGAGUGCAUGGGAUAAGGAGCUGGCAUGGGCUUCUCAACUCCUCAAGGGAAAGACUUUCAUUGUGCAAGUGCUAAAGUUGGCUCUAGCUGGCCAUGUGUACAACAUCUGGAGGGAGAGAAAUAACAGGCUAUUUGGGGGUAGAGGCAGAAUGGUGGGAGAUGCUGAAUGA